GGCCUGGGAGGGAGGCCCCUGGGAGGUAGGCAGUCCCGUUGCUCCCGGGUGCCGGGCGGGUCGGCCUACCCCGCUCUCGUCAGGCGCUCGCUGCCCGCAGUGGUCCGUGGCCUGCUGCGCGCUGUGGCUGCUGCGCCUCGCCGCCGACAUCGCCCUGGCCGCCGGCCCGGACGCGCGCCGCUUGCCCGUUCGCCAGUUCUCCGGCAUCUACUCGUGCACGUGGAGCCUGCUCUUCUUCGUGUGGCGCGGGCGCGACGCGCGCGCGGCGCUCGACCCCAUGGUGGCCGUCUCUGCGCAGCUCGAGAGCCAGGGCGGCGCCGAGACCAAGGAACAGCUGGCCGCGAGUAGCCGGCGCUUGCACCGCGUGGCGCUCUUCUACUACGUCUUGGGCCUGGCCCAGGUGGCGGGCGUCACUCACACGGUCUACAGCGGGGACUCGGCGGUGGCGCGCUUGGUGCUCGUCUUGCCACACGGUCGCCUGGUCAACGGACUCCUCUACGCGGCGCACACGCUCGCGGUGCUCAGCGGCCUGUUCUCGUACUACACCAUGCUCGCCGUCCUGUUCACGACGUUCGGCUCGUGCUCGGCGCUGUUCCGCGGCCUGGGCGCCGAGAGCGCGCGCACGGCGAGGCGCGGCCAGGGCGCCGUCCUGUUCCUCGCCAGGCAUCACGUGCGGCUCGUCGAGGCAGCCCGCCGCUCCCGCCUCCUGUUCGCCGACCUGUUCAUCCACAUCGUGUCCACGCUGCUCAUCCUGCCGCUGUUGGGCACCGUGGAGCUCAUCGUCGCCGUCAAGAAGGUGGACAGCCUGACCGUGGCCACGUUCGCCGCCCUGACUACCACCUUCGUGCCCAUCUGCCUUGCUGGUGAGUCAGUGCGCGUGAAGUAA